AGUCGCGGCCCGACACGGCCGCCCCGCAGCCCGCGAUGCCCUCGGACUGCCGGCCGCGCCGGCCACGCCGCGGGGCAUGGUGAGCCUGGGGUGGCCGCUCCCCGCGGGGACCCGGCAGGCGGUCUCUCUGCUCCGCCUCAGCCUCCUCCUGCUGCUGUUACUGCCACCGCGGGGCACCGGGGCGCAGAAAGGUGAUGGAUGUGGACAUACAGUUUUGGGCCCUGAGAGUGGAACUCUUGCUUCAAUAAAUUACCCCCAGACCUCUCCCAAUAGCACAGUUUGUGAAUGGGAAAUCCGUGUAAAGCCUGGGCAGCGAAUUCAGCUCAGAUUUGGUGAUUUUGAUAUCGAUGACUCAGAUUCCUGUCAUUCCAGUUACUUAAGAGUUCACAAUGGGAUUGGCCCCACCAGGACAGAGAUAGGUAAAUACUGUGGGUUUGGCUUUCAAAUGGAUGGUUUAAUUACUUCAAAAAGUAAUGAAGUCACAGUGCAGUUCAUGAGUGGAAUGCACAUUUCUGGACGUGGAUUUCUUGCAGCUUAUUCAACCACUGACAAAUCAGGCCUAAUUACCUGUUUAGAAAAUGCAAGCCACUUCUCUGAACCAGAAUUCAAUAAGUUUUGUCCAGCCGGGUGUGUGAUUCCUUUUGCUGAUAUUUCAGGCACUAUUCCCCAUGGAUACAGAGAUUCAUCAUCCCUUUGUAUGGCUGGUAUUCACGCAGGCGUUGUGUCAAAUACUCUGGGUGGCCAAAUUAAUGUUGUAAUCAGCAAGGGCAUUCCGUACUAUGAAGGCUCCCUGGCUAACAAUGUCACCUCCAAAGUGGGACCGCUAUCGCCAAGUCUCUUCACGUUCAAGACUAGCGGUUGCUAUGGGACACUGGGGAUGGAAUCUGGGGUAAUCCCUGAUUCCCAGAUCACAGCAUCAUCUAUUCUUGAGUGGUCUGACCAAACAGGACAAGUGAACAUUUGGAAACCUGAAAAUGCCAGACUAAAAAGGACUGGUCCUCCUUGGGCUGCUUUUAUCAACGAUGAACAUCAGUGGCUGCAGAUUGACUUGAAUAAAGAAAAGAGAGUAACAGGUAUUGUCACUACUGGUUCAACCUUAGCAGAGUACUACUACUAUGUCUCAGCCUACAGAAUUUUGUACAGUGAUGAUGCACAGAAAUGGACAGUGUACAGAGAACCUGGCAUGGAUAAAGAUAAGAUAUUUCAAGGAAACACUGAAUUGUACCAGGAAGUUCGCAAUAAUUUCAUUCCACCUAUUAUUGCACGUUUUUUUAGGAUUAACCCCUUAAAAUGGCACCAGAAAAUUGCAAUGAAAGUAGAAUUGCUAGGAUGUCAGUUUAGCAUAGCCCGUGCUCCUAAAAUCACCAUGCCACCACCACCACCUUGGAACAAGAAUGAUGACAAGAAUGAUGACUCCAGUGAUGAUUCAGUGAAGACUUCAUUGCAGACAGACAAAACCACCUUCACACCUGAAAUCAAGAACACCACAGUGACUCCAAGUGUAACCAAAGAUGUGGCAUUGGCAGCAGUUCUGGUUCCAGUGCUGGUGAUGGUCUUCACUACUCUGAUUCUUAUCUUAGUUUGUGCCUGGCAUUGGAGAAACCGCAAGAAAAAGACAGAGGGCACUUACGACCUACCUUACUGGGACCGUGCAGGAUGGUGGAAAGGAAUGAAGCAGUUUCUCCCAACCAAAUCAGCAGAACAUGAAGAAACUCCUGUUCGCUAUAGCAGCAAUGAGAUCAGUCACCUGAGACCAAGAGAAGUCCCAGCAAUGCUGCAAACAGAGUCUGCAGAAUAUGCCCAGCCAUUGGUAGGGGGCAUUGUCAGCACGCUUCACCAGAGGUCAACCUUUAAACCAGAGGAAGGAAAAGAAGCAAGUUAUGCCGAUUUGGACCCAUACAAUUUGCCCAUACAAGAAGUUUACCAUGCUUAUGCUGAACCACUACCUGUAACUGGACCAGAAUAUGCAACUCCAAUCAUCAUGGACAUGUCCAGCCAUCCCAGCACGCCUCUUGGCAUUCCUUCCAUCUCCACUUUCAAAGCUGCAGGGAAUCAAGCUCCUCCUGUGGUUGGAACUUACAAUAAACUUCUGUCUAGGACAGACAGCACAUCGUCAGCACAGGCACAGUACGAUACUCCAAAGGGGCAGCCAGGGCCAGCUGCUACUGAUGAAUUGCUGUACCAGGUACCACAGAGCCUGGCCCAUUCCACAGGGAGUAAGGAUGAACUCAGUUAGCUCAGUUAGCAGAACGAUGGCUUGUUAAAAAAACAGCUGCAUAAAGCGGAGAGUUUCUUUUUAAAUUGCAUUGUUUUGAUACUUUUAGUCUCAAAUAAUACAAUGUUGAACCAAAAGAUGUGGUAUUGGAGGUCAGGGAAGCCACUAACUCUGCCUUUCCUUAAGCUGUGUGCCUAAUUACAGUUUGUCUCUGCACAGCCGUGGACUUUUUAUUACUACUGUACAAUCCUCUGUCAGACAUGAGAGAAGACCUCUUCAAGACUCAGUAAUUCCUAGCUAGGAAUGAUAAAUUUAGAGCAAGUUCAUAAGACAAGUCAGUAAUGUUUUAACUAAUGGUACUAUUUCUAGGCGGGGGGGGGAAUUCUAAAAUCCCUACGUAAGCUCCACAGCUGCUAAAAUCCAUUUUAUAAACUUUGGACUUUAAAGAGUACUAGCAAGACUGAUGGUUAAACCCUCCCUCCCCUUAACCUUCCCAGUUUAGAUUCUAAAUGACAUCAUUUCAGCUUUUGUUCAGAGGACUAGGAAUCAUCAGCUGUGUGUUCUACAGAAGGCUCCCGCCACUUUUCUUAGCCUUCCAGAACUAAAAGUUGCUGUCUGCACAAUCUGUUCUCUGCCUUAUCUCCUGAAGCCACUCAGUCUUCUUGCAUCCUAGGGAUCCCGGAGGCACAAAGUACAAGGAAACCACAUGGCAACUGCUCUUCAUUUUCCCCUACUAAGUGAAGGCUAUUCUGAACAGCAUUUUCCUCAAAUUCAGGCUUCUCUGAUGAUCCAUGUGCAAGGAGCAUCCAGAUGUUUCAGGCAACUUAAUUCAGAAAGGUUCUCCCUGUCCCCUUGCCCUGACACCACUCCACUCUCCCCUCCCAGCAGCUCUAUUGUUGUGUGUUAAAAUGUGAGCUUACACAAAGAGAGAUGUGUAUAUACUUUUGCGAGUGCUUAAGGAAGCACAUAAAUACUCUGAUGGUGCAGAGUUUGUGUUCUACAUGCAUUUAGCACAUAUGGUACGUUUUAGCACAACUGAAAAGCUUCAGCCUUAGGGCUUUUCUUAGGAUUGUUCUUAUUAGAAUCAUAAAAGAUUCCAAAACCUUUGUAAGAGAACCAGUACUGUUCCAAAGAGCGUCCAUUGCACAAGUGUUUAAUGGACUUUGUAUCCUUUGAAUGUUCCAAGGUUCUCUACUAUGAAAACAUUGUAGUCAGUCUUCUGUUUGGGGUAAGGUAGACUAGUUUUAGCUAGGUAAUUCUGAAAUUAAAGCAGUUUGGAUGUCACAUUUGCCAUUGUUUUAUAUUGUUAGAAACAAAGCACAGCUUUUUAACCUAAGUAGUAAGAUAAAAAACAACCUCACAACAAAAAUGCUCUGUUUUUAUUGUAACAGCACUGUUGGGAGGCUGAUGAGUUAAUUUUUACAUCUGAAACCUACUACCUACACAUUAGCCCAGUUUUAUGGACUUCAGUGGUUACUGUUUGUUUCUCUGAUGUAAUUUCAGUCAGCCUUGUUCAUUGCCCAGUCUCUUUCAGCUAGGUAGAGAACAUCCAAAGCUCCACCACUGUUUGAGAGGGCUGCCACUUCAACAUACUUGACCACCACCCUUACAACUUGAACACCUUUAUCACUUAAAAUGUGUUUUGCCUUGUUUUUCCCCCACAGGAGCUUUGUAUAAACUCAGCAAUCCAAAGAACUUGUGGCCUGUUGAACAUCCAGAAGAUGUUAUUACAUAUUCUGUGCCACCUAGAAGCCUAAUUACACUUUUUUUUGAUCAUUCUUAUGAAUUGAGCAAUUUUUUUGUUUGUUUCAAUUGUUUUUAGAAUUGAGGAUCUAAGCCUAGAUGUGAAUGGAAGCAAGAGAGGCAUGUAUGAUCCAGUGAUGAAAACCAAAUUCCUCUAUUUAUAUUUUUCAUGUUAUUGCCACUAUUUCUGCUUGGUAAAGCUAGUCUGCAGGCUUUGUAGUUUUUAAACAGGUAAAUAAGUGCUCUUACCCACCAUCGGCAACUAUGAACUUACCUCAACUGAUGUGACUUGUUUGCACCAAGACGUGACAAACUCCAGACAAGUUAAGAAGCCUCUGCCUUCUCAAACUGUCCUAGUUCAGCCUUAGAAAAAUUAAUCUACAAUAAAAAUCAGUGGACACAUUCAAGUCAGUAAAAUUAACACACUUGGAUUUAGUUUUACUGGUAGGACAGAUGUGGUAGAACUGUGGAUAUACUCUAGACUAAGAUGGUGUAAGAAUUAAUUAAACAGUGUCUUAACAGUGGGUUGUUUUUAAAGCAACUGUACUGCAGGCUAAUUAUCAGAGCAGCAUGAGCUGUUGACCGGAAUGGAUGUUUUUAAAACUGCAAGUGCUUGCUUCCAACUUUGAACACGGUAUCUGCUAGGGCUAAGAGAAUUUUGAAUCUCAGAUGUGUGCUACAAAGGGUUAAACAAUUGAUUUCCAGAUGUAAGUUGCAUGAGACACUUCAGUUAGAACUCUGUGUACAGUGCAAGCAGAGGUACACUUAACAGUCUCUCUUACAUGUGAAGACAUAUGGAUAGAAAACGUAUUUCAGUCAUGUUUGGCUUGAGUAUUCUCCCAGAAUGUAUGUUCUUACCUCAGCAUGUAUUGUUGUUGCCUAGUAUUUGUAUAUGUUGCUAGAAUGAUCCUUUGAGGUCCCUUCCAGCCCCUACCAUUCUGUGAUUCUGUAAUUUAGACUGUAUAAAUAGUGAGGGGGUUUUAUAUGUAUGUUAAAAAGUAUUUUAAAUAAAUUGUACAUACCUAUUA